AUGCCUGAGGUCCGAUGCACUAAAUGCAUUUUCUCAACUUACGAGCGGGAGACCAACUUCAAGGUCAUCGUCAACUUCGUGGUCCUCAUCAUCAUGUGCGCUGUCUGUGCUGUGGUUUACGGAAUCUUGGAUGCUAGGACGGGGACGAGCGCGGAGUUCUUCGAGGCUGGUUCAGACCCGAGCGCCUACCCCGUCGUCAAUGCGAUCGUCAACUUCGCUUCAUGUCUCAUCGCCUUCCAGAAUAUCUUGCCCAUCUCGUUCCACAUCUCCAUCGAAAUCGUGAAAACCAUCCAGGCGAUCUUCAUCUCGCAGGACCUCGACAUGUACUAUAAGCCCUUCGACACGACUUGCGUCCCCAAGACCUGGAAUAUCUCCGACGGCCUCAGCCAAAUCGAAUACAUAUUCUCCGACAAAACCGGCACGCUCACGCAGAACGUCAUGGAGUUCCAUAAAUGCUCGAUCGUCGGCGUUGUGUACGGCGAAUCCGUGACCGAAGCCCAGCGUGGCACCGCAAAACGAAAAGGCUCGUCAGACCUGCUCGACCCAGAGACGCACGAGCAAAAAAUGGUGAUGAUGAAGCAGGACAUGUUACAGACGAUGGGCCGGAUGUUCAAGAACCGGUACGGCCAACCCGACAAGCUUAUCCUCAUCUCGACGCAGCUGGCGGACGACAUGGCAAACAGGCAGUCCGACCAACGACAAUACAUCGCGGCGUUCUUUCGCGCCCUCACCGUCUGUCAUACCGUCCUUUCGGAUAAACCGGACGCUCCGAGGAACCCGUUCUUGCUCGAUUAUAAGGCUGAGAGUCUCGCAUCGUUCUCUACUGCAAAGGUGCCAAUAGCGUGA